UUUACCUUUAAAAACUAGAAUGCAAUCGUUUAACUAUUAUUUAACCAGCCAUGCCCUCGAGCAUAUUCAUAGUCUUGACUGCACUAUUUUCCUUGGCAGUGAGCAAUAAACUACAAUGUUACGACUGCAUAUCCUACAGUAAUGUCGAGGAAUGUCGAGCGAACAUUAGCCGCACGCUAAUGUGUGAGCACACAUGCUUACAGGCCAGUUUUCGGAUCGAAGUCCCCUCAAUGGACCCUCAAAAAAUCUAUGCGAGAGGAUGCGGACCAGAUAAUGGUUGUAAUAAUUUGGCAAAGGGAUAUCUAUCAGAUGUCACAGAUUACAAUUGUUCAGCGUGUUUUAGCGAUUUGUGUAAUGACAAGCCAUUUGAAGGCAUAGACAAAAAAAGUACUUCUAAUGAGCUUUGCAUUCAUUAUUUGUUUAAUUAAUAUUGUACUAUUUUUUUAAAUAAAGAAAUUUUAAUUUUA